GUGUUGAGUGCUCUCGACACCUACAGCACGGCCCUAAUGGGCUCCCUUUCGAACGAGUACCUCGACCUGCCGCUCAUGAGCGUCGCGGGUACCGCUGCAAGGGCGGAGUCGCGAAACGAGACGGAGGGCGGCUACCUGCUCCACACCCAGCCCGGCGUUGUGCCGCAGAUGCAGGCCCUCGUGAGGCUAAUACUGGACAUGAAGCUGGCUCGGGACGCCGUGGACGGAAGGCGAGAAGGGGGGGGGGCGGAAGCGAGAGAGAGAGAGAGGAAUCCGCUGUUGUUGUCCGAGACGACGGAGCGAGUGUGGCUGGUGCACACGAGCGACACCUUCGGCACGAUCGCGACGGCGGCCUUCAACAACGCCGCUACGACUAUCUCCGUGGCCCUACCCAACACCUCCGACGACGAGGACGACGACGACGGGAUCGGGGAGGAAGAGCGGGCGACGGUCGAGGUUGCCGGAACUGUGGUGAUAGCCGCAAGCAGCGAAGCAAUGUUCGAUUCGGAGCUGGCGACGCUGGUUGACAACGAGGCCUCUAUCAUAGUGCUGCUGGCGGAGGCGUUUGACGGCGCCAUCGUCAGGACAGUCCUGUCCCAGGCCAACGAGGCCGGCCUGACGGAGGGGGUGCAGUGGUACCUGCCCAACGUGGCGGCCUUCGACCACGUCUUCGACCGGAACUCCACGUACCGCGACGCGAGCCUCGCCUUCGACAUGCGAGGGGCGCUCGGCGUUCGGGCUUGCACGCCCCGCACAGGCAAGGUUUGGUAGCUCUCUUCUUGGGUCUUGAUCUUCUGGCCCGGCCUUCUGGCGCGACCUUUUUUCCGGCGUCUCUCUAGGCUUUUGUCAUUUGUCGGACUCUGGCGUCCCCGCUGCCUAUUCCGCCCCAAGGUUCUCCAACUGUAACCAAUUUUGCAGGAGCUGUUUCUGCCAGUAUCGUUUUGUGCCGGCUUUGUGCUGUUUGCGUCUUUUCGCGUGUUGAUUUAUUGCGGUGUAUCAUUCCCGGCGCGUUUAUUUUACCAGCGUCUGCUUGUCCAAAACGUUUCGUUCACGACGUGUUGAUCACCGUUCUUUGGCGGCGGCGACUGCUCCGCGUGUGCCUCCCCUCACCCGCCCCUCCCCCUCCCGCCUUCCCUCCGCGUCCACGUGCCCCCCAUCCCAUCUUGUCUGCCUCUUUUGUCUUUGUUGUCUUGCUCUUUUUUUCAGGGGAUGGGGCGACGAUGGCAGAAGAGCUCUCGCAAGAGUGGGUGCGGCUUGACGCGAACGAGUACCCCGGUGCAGGGCCCGACGGGGUCACCGCGGACGGGCUGAUCGACCCCGUCCUGGCCUUCGCGUACGACUCGAUAUUUUUGGCGGCCGCGGCAGCGCAGGCGUGUAUGGGUUAGGAAGGAUGGAAUGAAGGGUCAUCCUUGUCCUUUGCGGGCUAAGCUUCUCGCCUUGCUGCUGGUUGUACUAAGCGAUACAGAGCGAUUGCCGAAACGGGUGCAACUACUAACAGUCAGUCGCUCGUGUGUGUGUGUGUGUGUGUUUUUAUUAUUAGCAUCGACCGCGCUAACCGGCUGACCAAUUGAAAGACGUCAGUGCCAGCGGGUAAAAAUCAAGGUCCCUGGAAGGAGGCCAAAAUUCGAAAAAUGCGCAAUGCGCUUGAUGCGAAUGCCAAUACGACUCUCUCUACAUGUUCUUUCACGAAGACACACAUCUCAGCUACACACAUGCCCUCGCCCGAACCUAGGAAGCCACUGAUGCAAAGAGCGGAGGACAGCAAAAGGGUUAUUUCAAGCCCAGCCGAAGCCAGGAUAUCGUGGUAUGCUGCAUCUCCCAAUUUGAUAAUCGUACACUCCCAAGAUCCAACAGUCAUCGUGUCAGCAGCUAGAUUACUCAAACAAAAUAGCAACACAUACACGGCCAUAGCUCCACACAUGCCCUCGUCCGAACCUAGGAAGCCACUGAUGCAAAGAGCGGAGGACAGCCAAAGGGUUAUUUCAAGCCCAGCCGAAGCCAGGAUAUCGUGGUAUGCUGCAUCUCCCAAUUUGAUAAUCGUACACUCCCAAGAUCCAACAGUCAUCGUGUCAGCAGCUAGAUUACUCAAACAAAAUAGCAACACAUACACGGCCAUAGCUCCACACAUGCCCUCGUCCGAACCUAGGAAGCCACUGAUGCAAAGAGCGGAGGACAGCGAAAGGGUUAUUUCAAGCCCAGCCGAAGCCAGGAUAUCGUGGUAUGCUGCAUCUCCCAAUUUGAUAAUCGUACACUCCCAAGAUCCAACAGUCAUCGUGUCAGCAGCUAGAUUACUCAAACAAAAUAGCAACACAUACACGGCCAUAGCUCCACACAUGCCCUCGUCCGAACCUAGGAAGCCACUGAUGCAAAGAGCGGAGGACAGCGAAAGGGUUAUUUCAAGCCCAGCCGAAGCCAGGAUAUCGUGGUAUGCUGCAUCUCCCAAUUUGAUAAUCGUACACUCCCAAGAUCCAACAGUCAUCGUGUCAGCAGCUAGAUUACUCAAACAAAAUAGCAACACAUACACGGCCAUAGCUCCACACAUGCCCUCGUCCGAACCUAGGAAGCCACUGAUGCAAAGAGCGGAGGACAGCGAAAGGGUUAUUUCAAGCCCAGCCGAAGCCAGGAUAUCGUGGUAUGCUGCAUCUCCCAAUUUGAUAAUCGUACACUCCCAAGAUCCAACAGUCAUCGUGUCAGCAGCUAGAUUACUCAAACAAAAUAGCAACACAUACACGGCCAUAGCUCCACACAUGCCCUCGUCCGAACCUAGGAAGCCACUGAUGCAAAGAGCGGAGGACAGCGAAAGGGUUAUUUCAAGCCCAGCCGAAGCCAGGAUAUCGUGGUAUGCUGCAUCUCCCAAUUUGAUAAUCGUACACUCCCAAGAUCCAACAGUCAUCGUGUCAGCAGCUAGAUUACUCAAACAAAAUAGCAACACAUACACGGCCAUAGCUCCACACAUGCCCUCGUCCGAACCUAGGAAGCCACUGAUGCAAAGAGCGGAGGACAGCAAAAGGGUUAUUUCAAGCCCAGCCGAAGCCAGGAUAUCGUGGUAUGCUGCAUCUCCCAAUUUGAUAAUCGUACACUCCCAAGAUCCAACAGUCAUCGUGUCAGCAGCUAGAUGACUCAAACAAAAUAGCAAUACAUACACUGCCAUAGCUCCACACAUGCCCUCGUCCGAACCUAGCAAGUCACUUGGAAGUCACGAGGGAGCCAAGUCCUGCUCGCAGGUUCUCUUGGCUUUCCUUCAGGUGAACACGUCCAGGAAUCCAGUAUCCGCAGCCGCCGCAGCAGUACUGCUGUACUGCUGUGUAGUAGUAGUAGCAGGAAAUCCAGGUUGUACCCAUCCGUUGUCCAAACAAAGAUUUGUGAUUCCGUGAGAGAAGGAGAUACCACCGCCGUCGAAGGGUCGAAGGCACUGUCUGCCAGAUGUAGGCUGUGAGAUGGAUGGAGCCACUUAUGUGUUCUUAGCCUGCCCGCCCGUGAGGGUCGUGACGAGGCCGCAGCUUGUGUGUGUGU